CCUUUCUACUGAAAACCGUUAGUUGUCUUCUUCUUCUUAAGGGGAAAGUCAUUUAAAAAGUAACUGAAUAUAAUCCGAUUACAUUACUGAGUUUGGGUAAUCCAAAAAUUACGUUACUGAUUACAAUUUUGGACAGACUCUUGAUUUGUUUGACGGUUGUUAUGGCGGUUGCCAAGGGCUCUGCUGAAUCGGGAGGUCGACUCUCCACCACUUACAUAGAGGCCAGGGAAAUCUCAGCGGAAAUAGAAGCUUUCACCGUGGAGUCGCUAUGCCAUCAGAACGUGCACGGCUUCUUCGGAGGCCUUUGCCCCCUAAAAAGAAUCCCCCCAUUGUGAAAUCACUUCCUUCGCCUAUACUUUCAGGUACAAUCAUAGACUCAUUGCCCUCAACAGAGAGAAGGGAUCUGAAGGACAGUGCCACCGGGCGGAGUGAGUCAAGCUGCCACAUGCUUCCUCUUUGGGACUAUGACCCUGCAGCCUUUAGGGUGGCUCCCACUCCUCUGACCUCGGUCCCAUCCAUGCUAAUACCUGAAAUAAUUGAGGGAUUCCCCUGUAAACCUCCACGCACUCUCCCAAAAAUCCCCCUCCUCGACCUCCUCAAGACAGACCCCAGAUACAUCCCCUUUCCCCCUAGUUUUAGCUUCAAUGACUUUCUGCGGGACCCUAACGGCGGCUGUGGGGCUCAGUCACUAGAGGGCCUGAAGAAAGUGGCACUGUCUCGCUGCAACUACAGGAAGCUGGUUGGGCUUUUCCUGAUGGAGCUGCACAAAGGGCAGCAGACUGAGGUGUCCAAGCAGCUGAUGUCCACUGAGAAAUUGCCAGAGGCCAAGAGCAGGAUCCCACAGAAGCAAAUCAUAUGCGAGCUGGCAGCAUUGAUCCGUAUGGAGGUGCAAACUCAGAUGAUGUGUCGGCGGAGCUGUUUGGGAGAUGGGACCUGGAGGUCUGAACAGAAGUCUGUGGAGAUAUGGGUACCCCCAGGGGAAAGACAAGCUGUUCAGAAGCAGGAAAAUCUAUACCUAGGAACGGAGGUGAUCCUGAACUCUGUGACUACCAAGCACUUCCAGGGCUCUCGGCGGACCCACUCCCCGUUCAGGCACUCUGGAGAGGGCAUCAACCCAUCUGAGCUGGCCAUACUGGACUGUCUGACAGAGGGGGGCAAGGCACUCACCCUAAAGGCCCACUUCAUUGCCCUGCUUCCUGAUCUGCCUCCUCUGGCCCAGAGCCUGCUCUACCUCAACCUGUCCUUCAAUGACUUCACUAUCUUCCCAGUGGAGGUGUAUGAGCUCACACAGUUGGAGGUGCUGAAGAUGAGAGACAACCCCAUAGAGGAGAUUCCUACCGGCAUCCACAGACUCACCAGGCUCAAAACCUUUGUCAUCUCCUUCUGCAAGAUCACCUCCCUGCCGUCAGAGCUGUACCAGCUGCCCAACCUGCAGUUUCUAGAUGUAUCCUACAACCUUCUCUCAUCCCUAACAAAUGACAUCAGAAAACUCAGGACUCUGGAGUACCUGAAUGUGGAGGGGAACCAGCUGCCUGGCCUGCCCUGUGGGGCCCUGCGCCUCUCCCUCACCCAGCUCAGGAUCUCCAACAACUACAUGCACCCCUACUUUUGGAAGAGCUGCAGCUGGAACUCUCCCCAGGAUCUGCAACACUCAGCCACUAUGAUCCUCUCUCUCACAGACACCUGUCUGCGCUACGCCAGCCUUCCCCCUGAGGCACAGAUGGCCCUUAGCAGGGUGGGUGUGUGUGACUGCUGUAGGGGUCCUAUGUACGGACCUGGACUCAAGGUAAUCCGGCCCUGCUACAAUAUCUUCGGACUACACAGAGUGCCCUUCAUCUUCUAUGCCUGCACCCCAGCAUGCCACUGGAACUUCAAGAUCCAGACCAAGAGUCUCUCCAGUCUUCUGUAUGGAGAAGACACAACUCACAAUAGUGAACAACUAACAUGACUAUGAAGGAACCAAUACUGAGGCUACUAUAUCUUGGCCUUAAUAGCCAAAGACCUCUGAAUAUCUAUCUCAUCAGCUCUACUAAUCUUGUGCCAAAUUGUAACAAUUGUAGGCUAAUGUCUACUGAUGUCACUGUCUUUAUAUAGCCUUGAGUAGUUGUCUGCAAAACAUGUAUUUUGCACAGCAAGUGCAUGUGAAAACUCCCAUAAUUAUGGCACUUUAAUUGUCUUUAAAUUUUCCAUUGACCUCCAAUUAAAAUAAAGUAUUUCUGAAUACUAGUUGUG